UCACCCUUCUCACUUGGCUGGAAGCGGCCUCUGCGGGAGGGAGCUGGGGAGUCCUCGAAGGGGGCGCCCCUCGCCUCCUUCCGUGCGGGGCGGUUCCGCCCUGAUCCCUUGGAGGGCUUUGUUCUUUUGUUCCGGUCUGGGAGGAAGGACUGGAACGGGCCCCGCCCUGCUUGCCCACCUUCCAGCUUUUCCACCCCGCAACAGGGCCGCCAACCGAAGCGUGCGUAAGGGCUCAUCUGAGCCCCAGACCGAGGCCCCAGCUGGAAGGACGCUGCUUCGGAAACCCUGGGCUCCAGGUUCCAGAGGAACGGGAUGCGCUCCUGAGAUGGAAGGUAGUGGGGACGACCGGGAUGAUGGAGAUCUGUCCUCUUCGGAGUCUGCCCUUCUCCAAGGGGAACAUACUCUGCUCGCAUCAGCCAGUUUUCAAGAAUCCGUGACCUUCAAGGAUGUGAUAGUGGACUUUACCCAGGAAGAAUGGAAACAGCUAGAUCCUGUCCAGAGAGAUUUGUUCAGGGAUGUGACACUGGAAAAUUAUACACACCUGGUCUCCAUAGGACUCCAAGUUUCCAAACCUGAUGUGAUUUCCCAGUUAGAGCAAGGGACGGAGCCAUGGAUCGUGGAGCCUGGCAUCCCAGUAGGUUCUUUGGGAGACUGCGAGACAAGACCAGAAAAUAGCAGUUCAGUCCGAGUGCUGAACAUCUCUGGGGAGCAGCCAAGUCAAGAGGCAGUAGUGGAAAGACACAAAAGGGAUGAUCCUUGUAGUUCUAACUCUUUAGAAAGCUGGGGGUGUGGAAGCAGUGUGGAGAAGCAUCAGGCAAACCACCAGACACGGGCAAGAGAAAUAAAAAUCACUGAAAAGACAGUACCCACCUGGGAGAGAGGCCCUGUAACUAAGGACUCUGAAAAACGCAUCAGUGUGAGUUCAAACCUUGUAACACAAGAAAAAUCUCCAGAAGAGACCUCUACUAAAACAAGCGCCAAACAGAAUACAAACCCAGUUAAAAAAGAGAAAUCUUGUAAGUGCAACGAAUGUGGGAAAGCUUUUAGUUAUUGUUCAGCUCUCAUUCGCCAUCAGAGAACACAUACUGGAGAAAAGCCCUACAAAUGUAAUGAAUGUGAAAAAGCCUUCAGCCGGAGUGAAAACCUUAUAAACCAUCAAAGAAUUCAUACUGGAGAUAAACCGUAUAAAUGCGAUCAGUGUGGAAAAGGCUUCAUUGAGGGUCCAUCUCUUACUCAACAUCAAAGAAUUCACACUGGAGAAAAACCCUAUAAAUGUGAUGAAUGUGGGAAAGCCUUUAGUCAGAGGACCCAUCUUGUUCAGCAUCAGAGAAUUCAUACUGGCGAGAAACCAUAUACUUGCAAUGAGUGCGGAAAAGCCUUUAGCCAGAGAGGCCACUUUAUGGAACAUCAGAAAAUUCAUACAGGAGAAAAACCUUUUAAAUGUGAUGAAUGUGAUAAAACCUUUACCAGGAGCACACACCUCACUCAGCAUCAAAAAAUUCAUACCGGCGAGAAAACCUAUAAAUGUAAUGAAUGUGGGAAGGCCUUCAACGGGCCCUCGACGUUUAUCCGCCAUCACAUGAUCCACACUGGGGAGAAGCCGUAUGAGUGCAAUGAGUGUGGGAAAGCCUUCAGUCAGCACUCGAACCUCACUCAGCAUCAGAAAACACACACGGGGGAGAAACCGUACGACUGUGCCGAGUGCGGGAAAUCCUUCAGUUACUGGUCAUCCCUCGCUCAGCACCUGAAAAUCCACACCGGAGAGAAACCGUACAAAUGCACCGAGUGUGGCAAGGCCUUCAGUUACUGUUCCUCCCUGACUCAGCACCGGAGAAUCCACACCAGAGAGAAGCCUUUCGAGUGCACCGAGUGCGGGAAGGCUUUCAGUUACCUCUCCAACCUCAAUCAGCAUCAGAAGACGCACACCCAGGAGAAAGCGUACGAGUGUAAGGAGUGUGGAAAAGCCUUUAUUCGGAGUUCAUCUCUGGCCAAACACGAGAGGAUCCAUACCGGCGAGAAGCCCUACCAGUGUCACGAGUGCGGGAAAACCUUCAGUUACGGCUCAUCCCUCAUUCAGCACAGGAAAAUACACACUGGGGAGAGACCAUACAAGUGUAACGAAUGUGGGAGAGCCUUCAACCAGAACAUCCACCUCACACAGCAUAAGAGAAUUCACACAGGCGCAAAGCCUUACGAGUGUGCCGAGUGCGGCAAAGCCUUUCGGCACUGUUCCUCUCUUGCUCAGCAUCAGAAGACUCACACCGAAGAGAAACCCUACCAGUGUAACAGAUGUGAGAAGGCUUUCAGCCAGAACUCUCACCUGACUCAGCACCAGCGCAUCCACAGCGGAGAGAAGCCGUACAAGUGCACCGAGUGUGACAAGGCCUUCAGCCGGAGCACCCACCUGACGGAACAUCAGAACACGCACACGGGGGAGAGACCUUACAACUGUCACGAAUGCAGGAAGACUUUCAGCCAGAGCACGUACCUCAUCCAGCACCAGAGGAUUCACUCAGGGGAGAGACCCUUCGGGUGUAACGACUGUGGGAAGGCCUUCAGGUACCGUUCUGCGCUCAACAAACAUCAGAGACUGCACCCGGGCAUAUGACUCUUCCGGGAAGUCCGCGUUGUCCUUUGGUUAAGUACCGAGGAAUCAGAGUGAAGUAAGCGAACUGCUCAAAAUAUUUUUACUUUUCACCAUCCACUAUGGCAUGGAAAGGACGCAAAGGGCUGAAGGAAUCCAAUGAUGUUGUUGUUAAGCAACUCGGUGACAUUGGAAAAUUCAACUGUUUUAAGUUUCAGUUUGCUCUGUGAAUGAGGAUCUGGAGUAGAUGGGUUUCAGGACUUUGGAGUUUUAUAUUCCAGUUUUGUAUGUUCACGAUAUAUUCUUGAUUAGGAUUACUGUACAUCAGCAUUUUGCUGUGUUGCAUCUACAGUGUGUAUAUUUAUGCAUGUUUUGCUAAUAGAAAGCAUUUGUGCUUCAGUAACUAGACGGGGGAUCUAUUAUGCUCCUGUUCUAAUGCAUUUAAGUUAAGUAACUGCUUCCUAAUAAAAAGAAUUAAAAAGCAUU